CAACUGGAGAUAUGACAGCGCCAACGGCGCUACAGUACCACGGGCUGUAGCCAUAGCUGAAGGGUGUCGGCGCUCGUCGGGAAGAUGCUACUGCUGGGAGCGGUGCUGGGGGCGGCGCUGGCGCUCGGCGGCGGCGAGGGGGCGGCGCCCGACGUCCCUGCAGUCCUGGAGCGGGUCCUGCGGGAGCCCUUGGCCCUCGGGAACGUGUCCUUGCAGUGCAAGGGCCACGGCGGAGACUUCCUCCAGGAGCUGGCCAAUGGCACGGAGUGGGCCGUCCGCAUGCACGACGCCUCGGGCAAGACGCCGGCCGGGCUGAUGCGCGGCUCCGGAGACAUCAUGGGCGACUACGACGAGUGCCUGGCGGUGCGCGGCCCCGGAGCCAGCUUCAGCGGCCAGUACUGCACCGCCCUCCUCUCCGCCGGCCUCGAGGGCCGGGCGGCGGCGGCGAGGUACCGCGUGGGACUGUGCGUGCCCUCCAGCUGCUCGGCCAGUGACGUGGAGGCGCACCUGCGCCGCCUGCUGGUGGCCCGGGGGCCGCGAGGGGGGCUCGCCGUCCAGGUGCGGCCAGACGACUGCCACACGGCCCGCUCCGACAGCCGCCCCUACCGCCCCCAGGACUACGCCUUCCUAGCUUUGGUGGCCAUCAUCGCCGCACUAGUGAUCGUCGGCACGGGGUACGACAUCUACCUGAAAAAGACAGACCCCAAGGACACCGAAGGCGCCUCGGCCUGGCAGACGGCCCUGCUGGCCUUCUCCGCGCGCCGCAACGCGCCCCCGCUCCUCAGCACCGCCAGCCCCAGCGGCAGCCUCGCCUGCGUCAACGGCGUGCGCUUCCUGUCCAUGGCGUGGGUCGUCGUGUUCCACGCGCACGCCGCCGUCCACAGGACACCCCGCGCCAACGCCGACGAGACCUCGCGCUUCAAGGAGAGAUGGUACAUGAUGAUACUGGUGAAUGGGACGCUAUCUACCGACUCCUUCUUCUUGAUUGGCGGGGUCUUGUUGGCAUACAUAUUCAUGAGGGACCGAAAGAAGAAUCAACCGUUUAACUUACUAACUUUCUACCUGCACCGGUACAUCAGACUCACUCCUGUUUACGCAGUCGUGAUCUUCUUCUACGCGACGAUACUGUACCGCUUGGGCUCGGGCCCUAUGUGGGAUGAGUUCAUCAAGGACGAGAGAAGGAAGUGUGUCGACUGGUGGUUCAACAACCUGCUCUACGUCAACAAUUACAACUCCAAUAACAACACGUGCAUUGUGCAGUCGUGGUACCUGGCGACCGACAUGCAGUUCUACUGGCUGUCACCGCUAGUGCUGUAUCCUCUGUGGAGGUGGCCGAAGGCCGGGUGCUUGAUCAUCGUCACGGGGAUGGUGGCGUCCACAGCCGCCCUCGUGACUCUCACCGCCGCGUACAGUGGCAUUGAUUUCAGCAGUUGGUACGACGACAACUGGAACCUGACGUACACUCCGGUGUACACCAGGGCCGUCCCCUACCUGCUGGGACUGGCACUCGGGUACCUCCUGCAGGUCCUGCGCAAGGACUUCGCCUUGUCCAAGGCGGCGGCGGCGGUCGGCUGGGCGACUGCCCUGGCGCUGAUAGGCGCUGCGCUGUUCGGGGGAUACCGCCUGCGGCAGAGCGCCUACGGCUACCAGGCCGCCGAGGUGGUCUGCUACGACGCCUUGCACCGCGCCGCGUGGGCGGCGGGCCUCGCCUGGCUCGUCUUCGCCUGCGUCCAGGGCCGAGGAGGUCCGGUGAACAGCCUGCUGUCCUGCGGCCUCAUGCAGCCGCUGAGCAGGUUGUCCUACUGCGUGUACCUCAGCCACUUCGCCAUCAUCUACGUGCGGCUGGGGCUCGUCAGGACACCCGCGCACAUCGGCGUCGGCGACGUGCUCCUGGAAGGGCUGCUGAUGCUGGUCGUGUCGCUGGCCCUCUCCGUCGUCCUGACGCUCGCCUUCGAAGUGCCCUUCAUGCUCAUCGACAAGAACAUCCUGACGAAGAGGAUAGCGGCGGCCACCUCCCGGCUGCCGGCGGACCUGAAGAGGAGCCUCUCCCUGCAGCGGCGAGACCCCGGCCUGCCCUCGUGCGCCGGCAGCAGCGUGUGCAUCGUCGACAGCAGCCCCGCCUCGUGACCCUCCGCCCCUCGUCCACUCCGCAGUACAUCCUGGUGACCACACUGUCCACUAGGAAGUUCAAGUGCUUCUUUAGGGACUGGCGUCUCGACAGCUAGGUCCAUAUCGAGGACCAGUGAUCCGGAAGAACACAGACUGAGGGACAUUUGGGGGAGGAAUCAUCCCUGCAAUCGUGAGGAGUGAUUGCGGGGCAAAACCACGGAACAGUGAUGCGACCCCUGGUCCUCUGGCCGCGAGACGGCGUCACGGGUCACCGCCCCUCCUCGUAGCCGGCAAGCACGUCUUUUCGUGGGAGCUGUAACAUUUGUUGUUUAGCUAGAAAAAAAAUUGACAGUAAAAUCUUACACUCAGUGUUGUUGCCGGUUAAAGUUGACAUCAUUAUGUUGGCGCUAAAGAACAAAUUAAUGAGAGAGCAUUGAUAUGCAUGCCAAAUACCAAAAUUGAAUUUUCAUUGCGCGUUUUGUUUUUCAACCAAUGAACAUUAUUUAUUGACAGUGAUUUGUUCUUUACAUUUUAUUCUCAUGUUUUUUUUUGACGUGAUAACGUCUUGUAAAUCGAUGAACGCCGGCUGCACGCACGAAAAAGCAUGACUCAUUGUCACGUUCCACCUGAGCCGAGCGUGCAAGCGAGAGCGCGGAACAAGCGAUAGAGAGGCACGAUCGGCUUGUGACGCAUCUAUCUCUCUUCCACUCCAUCGGCCGAUGCGUCCGAGUAGAAGAGAGACAGCGGCAGCACACAACCUACACGUGAAAUGUUUUGUCAACUGUUUAUAAAGUGAAGUGAAAAGUUAAUGUGGUUUCCAUUGUUUAUUACAACAAAAAUUGCGGCAAAAAAGGUAAUUAAUUCUUGCAUUUUAAGAAUUUGAUUAGCGAUAUAAUCUCAUAUAUUUGUUCUUUGAUUAUUAAAAAAAGUAGCAUCGGUCGGCGAGUGCAGUAAUAAUAGGUUUGUUACAAUUUUGACUAAAAAUUAUGUCAUAUAAACGAUCGUAUAAAAAGUCAACUGCUUUUAUUUAGUAUUCAAUGAAAAAAAUUGUAAUUUUCAAUUAACUCCUUCUUUGUAUUAUACAAAAUAAUGAUAAUUCAGUGAUAAUAAGUCAAUUCAAUUCAUAAAAGUAUGCAAUUUUUCAUCAAUGUUUUCUUAUGACUUUAUCACGUAAAAUUAUCGUCCGUAAACCGACUUUACAAACAACCCCCUUUUUAAAAUAAUUAUGGACUUUACAUUCUUGCUAGAUUUGUUGCUAUUUAUGUUGUAAACCAAUUAAGCUCUUGCAUGAAAAACCCUCAAACUAACUGAAUAUAAAUACAGCUAUUCUCGAAUUGAUAAUUGAACCUACAACCACUUAACUAAAUAUUACGUUCGCUUACCACAACGAUGAUAAAUCAGGUCAUAAAUAAUUACCUCGUAAAUACAAGUUCCCAAAAUUAUUUAAUGGUUUAUAAUUGAUACUUUAUUUAAACUGAUUAAAAAAACAAUUAUGCAAAACUUACGUAACACUACAUGAAGAAUAACAUCGAUGGUUUUUGUCUUCACCAUAACUGCCUCUUAUUAUUUGACUAUCGAUAAAUUAAUAUCAAUGGAACACUUUGGAAAGGUUUUGUAAGUAUAAUACAAUAUUUUGGUAAAUUUAUAAUUUCAAUCAUUAUUUUAUGUUUACACAGCCUGUUUGUGGUGGCGUCGACCUAAUAUACAACUCAGUCGCACUCACACAAGCAAAGAGAGAGAGAGAGAGAGAGAGACAUCAUGACGUGCCAAUCAGAAUACCUGGAUGGGGUCGAAGCCCUGACCUCCAGAGAGCCGAGCACCUCGCGUGGUCGAGGAUGUCUACUGGAGGGCACUGAAAGUGUCCGGUCGAAGCGGCGACGCCGGAAGUGGUCGUUAUGCUGAGCGGAAGUGCUCUUCGCUCAUUGCCAUCUCGCGGUCAGCGAGCAGCCACGGACCUAUUGACGGGAAGUUUGGACCCGCAUAUCUCGCCAAUGUCAUCGAUGUCUUAAAUUAUUUCACUUCUAUGAUCGUGUAUUCGUUUGUUCCUAUAAUAAUUAUCAUGGAUGAUUAUGUAACCCAAUAUUGUGAUAUUCCAAGUACCUACGUAUUAAAUAAACUGAGAAGUGUGA